AUGGCGGUGACGCCCGCAUUUUCCGAAUUCGAAGUCUUGGUGUUCGACAUUGAGGGGACCGUCUGCUCCAUCUCAUUUGUCCAUGAUGUUCUCUUCCCCUACGCACUAGAUACGCUAUCCGGACACCUUGACCAAAACUGGGACAGCUCGAGCUUUGCCCAGUAUCGUGAUGCCUUCCCUGCCGAAUAUCGAAAUGAUCGAGUCGCCCUGGAAGCACAUGUUCGCGAUCUGAUUGCGAGGGACGUCAAGGCACCGUACCUCAAAGCUCUUCAAGGUCACCUGUGGAAACAGGGCUACGAGUCAGGAGAGAUCAAGGCGCCCCUCUUCCCCGACGUGGCUCCUCUCAUCACUGCAGCCCACGCUGUCGGCAAGAAAAUCAUCAUAUAUUCGUCCGGUUCAGUCCCAGCCCAGAAACUGCUUUUUGCCCAUACCAGCGCCACCCCCCCCGACCUCACGCCGCUUAUCACUGGAUUUUUCGAUACUGUUAAUGCCGGCCCAAAGACAGAACCAGGCAGCUAUGCCACCAUCCUCGCCAGCUACCCGGAUAUCGCCCCUUCCCGCUGGCUUUUCUUGAGCGAUAACCUCAAAGAGGUCAGCGCGGCGUUGACAUCUGGGAUGGUGAGCCUGCCAGUCACGCGUCCCAAGAACGCCCCAUUUCCACCAAACGAUCAACUGGCCCAGCUUGCCAUUCCUGACUUCAGCCCCGAGUCCAAUGACCGAAUUCGUGCUUCACUGAAAGCCUUAGGUAACUUUCCAUAG